AUAUGACAAAAAAAUAUAAAGAAGGGGUUGACUUUCUCAAAGAGUCCGAAAGGAGAGCCCAAGAUAUUGAAGAUAUAGGAUAUACAAUUAUGAGCGAAUUAAAUUCACAAAGGAGUGCAAUACUAAGAACAAAACACCAUACGGAUGAAACUCGACAGGAACAAAAUCGUGUGAAAAGAAUGUUACUAAGUAUAUAUCAAAAUAAGUUGGUAUUUAAAGGCUUAUUAAUAUUAAUUAUAAUUCUUUUAGUUAUAGCUAAUAUAGGAGUAAUAAUAUAUAAGAUUAGAUAA